UGAAGAGACCAUGUACCCCCUCAAUCAUAGAAGAAGAUUAUGGUCUCAAAUCGUGUUAGAGAAGUCCUCAUAAACACCCUACAUGCAGGUGCCAUACCCAACCAUGUUGCAUUCAUCAUGGAUGGCAACCGGCGAUAUUCAAAGAUUCAUGGCAUGACAAUUGCAGAAGGACUCUUUCGGGGGUCUCAAGCCAUGACAAAGGUCGUGGAAGGGUGUUUUCUGUUAGGCAUACCAGGCGUCACGGUGUAUACAUUCAGCCUUGAGAACUUUAAACGACCAAGGGAGCAGGUCGACCAAGUCAUGGAGGUGCUUAAAUACCUGUUCGUCGAGUAUGCCCAGCCAGGUGGCCUAUUAGAGCGAUAUCAAUGCGCGAUUAGGGUGCUAGGUCGAUUGGACUUGCUCGAUGACGAUAUGAGGGAGACAAUUGACAAGGUCGUGAACCAAUCUCGACACCAAAAAAAGAGAUUUCUAAACGUGUACCUGGCAUAUACUUCGCGCGAUGAAAUUGCCCGCGCAGUGCGAGUGUCAGCAGAAGAAUGUUGUCGGGGAAAGAUUUCUCCUACAGCCAUCACAGCCCAGUCACUAGCAGCUCGAAUGUACGCAGUCGAUAACCCUCCGGUGGAUAUUCUUGUUCGAACGUCGGGAGUCCACCGAUUGAGUGAUUUUCUGCUCUGGCAAUGCCAUCAGGAUACUGAUAUCCAGCUUGUGAACACCCUCUGGCCGGACUUUGGCAUAUGCGAUCUUUUCUUCGUGAUUGUACGGUGGCAAAGGAAUAUCAACCGUGUGGAUUUACAAAAACCAAGCAUUGGUUUCCUUGUGACUUGCUUCAUCUUUGUGCUCAUGUCGGUAUCAUCAUGUUUAUAUUUCCUCGUUAACCACUUUGUUUGAGUAAGGUCUAGUUUGUGACAAACAGUUGGAAUCAAUAACAUAGUCUUCAAAUCGAAAA